AUGAGACUAUUGUUGGACUUUGAGGAACUUGAAGAAGAUAUCCAUUUAACUAACCCUUCCACUGAUGAUGCCCUGGUCGAUGAAGAAGUUGUGGUAAAAAGAGAAGCUACAGGCGACGAAGACAGUGUCCGUAGUAGCCCAGUGUUCCUGUCGGACGAUGCUGACUUUAAUGAUCCUUUGGGGGAUCAACAGAAAAAGAAGACGGGGAAAGUGAAACGAUGCCGCCCUGCACGGGAGCAUUCUAGCGCACCGUUGGCUGCUGCGGGUACUGAUAAAAAAAAGCGACGAAAAGCUACCGAGGAAGACGAACAACGAUUGAAGAAUUUUUAUCAUUUGGCCUGCGAAGUAUGUGCAAAAGUUUCAGAUUCGUUUUCAGAUCUUCUGGCCCAUUACCGGACAGCGCAUAACACGGGUGGUUUUGUUCGUUGCUGUGAUCGCACGUUUAAAAAGAAGUGUCUAGCCCUUGAACAUUUAGAAGUACAUUUAGGCACAAUACGGUGCGAUAUUUGCAGCAAAACCUAUAACAGCGUCGACACACUUGAGCUGCACAAUCUUCAGCAGCACAGCGGUCCGGAAGCGAAACCAUUCAAAUGUGAUAAAUGCCAUCAGUCGUUCCCAAAGGCGUACUUGCUGAAGUCGCACCUUAAGCGCCAUAAGCAGGAACCAUGUCCGACCUGUGGCAAAAUGCUGAGCAACUACAGUGCUUUGAAGAUGCAUAUAGCAAUGAUUCAUAAAAAAACACCCAACCUAAUAUGUGAUAUCUGUGGUAAAGAAAUGACUACCAAGCAGACUAUGGAACGGCACAUGAACAUGCACAUGGGGCUUGAAACGGUCGAGCGAGUUCAGUGUGGCCAGUGCCAGAAAUGGUUUAAAGGAAUUUACGUGCUUCAAAGACACGUCAAACACGUACACACCGAACAGGGACAAAUCUUUCAGUGCGAUAUUUGUUUGCAGAAGUAUCCGAAUACGCGGGCACUCACCCACCACAAGCAGCGGGUUCACGUGGAGGAAAAGUUCGCGUGCGAAUUUUGUGGCAAGCGGUUCAAGCGUAAAAUCUAUCUUAGGGAACACGUCGCCUCGCAUACGGGCCAACCUCUGUACUCUUGCAAUCUGUGUACAGCAACGUUCAAUUCGAGCGGCAAUCUGUACGCCCACCGUCGUAAAAGCCAUGUGGGCGCAGGUAGAGGUAACAGAAACUCCUCCGAAGACUCAACACUCAGGAAAUCGGUCCGUAAUCAAGCGGAAUCUAUCACGUGAUAGAUUUAAAGG